AUGUCAAACGUCAGCAACGCCCUCAUUUGGGAAUUAACCAAAAAGAACAACUGCUUCUUAAAAAAAAACAAAAGUGGAAGAAAGGGAAUUUUCCUAUGCGACUCAUACAAUAUUAAAUGCAAAAAUACGCCAUCAAGUAGUGGACUCGUGAAACAGAAUGGCGUAAAUCUCCGAUUGCACAAGGGGAAGGUUGUCAUGUGCGUUAAAUCCACGGACCAAAAUACCACCACGAACAAGAUAUACAGAACGAAAAACAAGGGAACAGCCAUGAAGCUGAUCGAUGAACACACAAACCUUGUAAGCAGCAAAAGCAAGAAGCAGUUAAUUAAGAAGUACAAGCGCAUGUCCAAAAUGUACAAUUGCAAUAAGGGGAAUAAAUAA